AUGCCCCAGCACCGAGGAACUUCCAUCAACGCAAUUGUAACAAGAUAUGCUUCCGGCGGCCCCUGCGCGGAGUGUGCCACCUCCAAUUUCGCCUUCGGCAUCCAGCUGGUAUCGUUCCCAGUGCAGUGGGCGGAAUGGCUGCGGAUCCCGCUAGAGCACGCUGUUGCUGAGGGCGACAAGGACCUUGCUUUGACCCUGCUGAAAGCCGGGGCGAGCGGUGGGUCAGGCUGGAAGGGUUGUGACGACCCCACUCUACUCCAGGUGGCAGCAGAGGGAGGAAACGAGGUGGUGGUACGCACUUUGCUUGACAUCGCAGGCACGGAGGAAUUGGACGCGGUCUCUGGCGACAAGGACAAGAGGACUGCACUCCACAGUGCAGCCGCUGGUGGGUACACGGAUGCGGCGCGUAUGCUGGAACUGGCAGGCGCCAAAGGGGGGCACCUGCAGCUCGCAGGAGACUUCGUGAUCGCUGGAGCAGAUCUCGAAGCCAAGGACGGCGAUGGCAACACCCCCCUUCACUUCGCUGCUGCUCAUGACAGCGACACGUUCAUCGGUACACUACGCAGGGGAGUGUGUGUUUUGGUGGUCAGCAACAAAGGGGAGCACCCGCUCCACAUCGCUGUCGAUCAUGAUGACAUGACCGUUAGGAAGGCUCUUUUGAAGGCCGGUACUGACCCAAACGUUCGUUACGGCAGUGACAAAAUAUUUUCACCGCUCAAUCUGGCACGUGGCAAUGCGGCGAUGACCAGGACUCUGCUUGGUUCGGGUGCGGAUGUGAAAUCGGUGUGCGAGUUAGGCCACGCUUCUCUACAUUGGGCUGCCGGCCAUGGCGUACUGGAGGUCGUCGACGCGCUCGUUGAGGGCAGGGCCAAGGUCGAAGCGCGAAGUUUGGGUGUGGUGCUCUCUGAACAAGACCACGGGUUCCAGGGAUUGGCGCCUCUUCACGUUGCUGCCUACUGGGAGAAGCUCGGCACUCUGCUCGCACUUCUACAGGACGGGACCAACGCCAACACUCCAGACACCGAUGGGCGUGGGCCCCUUCACCUGGGUGUAGUCCACCCCACCUUUCCUAUCGUCUUGCUACAAAAACCGCACGAUUGCUUGAAAUAG